CUUCAUUAUUGUAAUAUAGUUAUUAAGAUUAUAAAUAAAAUGUUUAAAAAUUUUUCAUUGGAAAGAGAAGCUGCCGAUGUUUGCAACAACACCUGCAAGCCACCAUUUUUGUAUGACUUAAAGCCAGAAGAAGGUCGUAAAGCUGUUGACAAGGUUCAAGAUGCUCCAUGCUAUAUGUAUCCAUGUAAAGUAAAUGAACGUAAAAUGGAACUAUCAAAAGAAUUAGGCACCAUUAGAGUAUUCACUUUAACUCCAGAAAAGAAAACAACUGAAAAACUUCCAAUAAUUCUUUAUGUACACGGUGCUGGUUGGGUCUUUGGUGGUUUCCAUUCACAUCAAAAAUUAGCACAAGAAAUUUGUAACCGUACCAACUCUGUCGUUAUCUUCCCAGAGUAUACUUUAUGUCCAGAGGUUAAAUUUCCAACUCCAUUAGAACAAUGCUAUGCUGUUCUCGUUAAAGCCUGUAAAGAGUUGGCAGAUAAAGAAGGCUGGGAUACAAAUAACAUUGUAAUUGCAGGUGAUAGUGCAGGUGGUAAUAUGGCAACUGCUCUUUGCAUGAUGGCUAAGCAACGUAACUUCCCAACAAUUAAGAGACAAGUUCUCUACUAUCCAGCUAUUGAUGCAAGAAUGGAUACUGGUAGCUACAAAGAAUUUGCCAAAGAUUUCUAUCUCUCAAAAGAUGGUAUGAAAUGGUUCUGGGACGCCUAUCUUAAUGGCUCAAAAGAUAUGGAUAACAUAUUGGCCUCUCCAGCUAGAGCCACCGCCAAUGAUGUUAAAGGUUUACCAGAAGCAAUUAUUAUGAAUGGUGAAGCCGAUGUACUCCGUGAUGAAGGUGAACAAUAUGCAAGAACUCUUCGUGCUGCAGGUGUACCAGUCACUCAUAUGCGUUUCCAAGGUAUGAUCCAUGACUUUGUAAUGCUAAAUACUUUGGAUAAUUCAAAAGCAUGCCGUGCUGCAAUGGAUGUAUCAAUUGACUUUAUUAACAAAUCAAGAGAAGCUCCACAAAGACCAAAGCAAUAAGCAUUUAUCUUUUUUUUUUUUUUUUAAAUAAAAAUAAAUAAAAACAAAUUUAUCAAAUUUUUAAAAUAU